AUGAUUGAAGAAUCCUCGACAGACAAUUCACUCUACAAGACAUAUGAUAUUCUUGGAAAAUAUUUAAACUCUAUGGGGCAACAUAUGGAAGCAGUUCAAGCAUGGGAAGACGGCUUGAGACAUCUGGAAACUAGUGUAGAACGAUUUGAUGAACUUGGGAACGAGAAAAUUAUAGAUUGGAUCAAUAUUUCCCUUCAAACAGCUCGACUUGUUCAUCGUCUAGGCACGGAUGGACCAGGAGUAUCGUACAAAUCCAAUCGUGUAUGUUAUGCUCCAUCCAAAAUGACUGACGCUGAACAGGCAGAAUGGAAAAUUGAGCAAUUUCAAAGUGCAGUAAGACAUUAUAAAGGAGUACUUGAGCAUAUUCCUGAAGUGAAAGGUGCAGCGAAUGCAUUGGCUGAAAUGAAGUAUGAAGAUAUAUUUGACGUGUUGGAACGUUUAUUACCUCAAGACGUAAAUCCUUUCUUUCCUAUGGAUAUACCAAAAGCUCUUGGCAAAUUAGGUGAUUCAAGAGCCAUUCCUCUUCUUAUAAAAAUAAUCGAAAAUCCAAUGCGCCAAGAAAACGAUGAUAGCGACUCAUCGGACGAGAUAUUUUCUUCAGGUGGAAAAGAUCGAUUAGUCGUGGAAUCAUGCUUAGCACUUGCAUCUUUUAUCAUAAGAUCCAAACCAAUUAAUGAAUAUUCAUCGAACGACGAAAAAAGCCCAGAGAAUACAGAAAAUCAUCAUGAUGUCCUUGCUGUACAAACCAACAAAGAUGCUUUCAAAUUUCUCACUGAAUUUGGCUAUAAUCCAUGUGAUAGUCCCACUGGUUUCAAGUCGAAUGAUUUUACUGGUCCAUCGUGUCAAGUUAGCAUGGAAAAUAUGUUGGAAAACUUUCAAAAAAAGUAUAAUCUACCUGUAACCAAGAAGCUUGAUGUUCGUACAUUGAAGUUGAUGAAUACACCACGAUGCGGAGUACCCGAUUCUUUAUCGGAAAUUGUUGAUCGAAGUAGCCUCUGGCCAAAGGAUCGCAUACUUAAGUGGAAAUUGCAUAUUGGCAAGUUACCAUUUGACCACAAUGAAAUUCGAGAAGCCAUUAGACAAGCGUUCGAUGAUUGGGCUGGUCAUGGUGGAUUAACGUUUUAUGAAGCAAAUGAGUCUGAAACACCUGAUUUUAAUGUGUCUUUUGUGAUUGGUGAUCAUGGAGAUGGAGCCCCAAUAAAUGAGCCUACUACAGUUCUCGCUCACGCUUUCUAUCCCUGGGAUUUUACUUUUCGCGGACGUAUUCACUUUAAUUCAGUUAAAAAUUGGACAAAGACAUAUGAUGGAGUGGGCUACAACUUACGUUUAACUGCUACACAUGAGAUUGGACAUAGUCUUGGAGUUCCUCAUUCAGAUGAUUCUGAUUCGAUUAUGUAUCCAACGUACCAAGUGUUUCAGCCCGACGCCGUAUUACCUGAAUCGGUUAGUAUAAAUUUUAUUGUUGACCUUCUUUUCUAUGCCACAAAAUGUGAGUUCUUUCCAAAAGCAAGUAAGAACUAUGGAAAGGCUUAA